UGACUGAAAUAUUGUUUCAUUACCACACACUUGUAUUUUAAUAUCGCAAUGAUACUAUAAAUUCGCAUUAUAUCCAUUCGAUGGGAGGAUAUAGCAUGGAUAAUUCUGCAUCUCGGUUUGCGGAUCCUCUGAAGGAUUAUGGCUUCGAUCCAUCAAGUUUGUUACAUCCUGCUAAGGACAAGGAAAAUAAGCUAGAUGACGAUUCUCUGGCGAUUCUAAACUACUUUUCAGAGCAUUCCAGUGGGCUGAAUCUAUUUCCUACUGAAUUGUUUGAUGUAGACAGUACUCCUGGUACAUCACGUUCUCGUCGUUUGGACUGGUUGCAUGAUUUCCACGGUGACCAUGGUAAGGAAUCGGAUCCUGACACAAGCGAAGAUGUGCAUCCGGAUGAUUUAUUUGAUGGCGCCGAACUCGGUAGACGCUUGACAUUUUAUAUGCAUGGUAAUGCCUCUCCUACGGAACAAUCUUAUGGUAGUUGGGAGCUUCCUCACAGUCACCCUGUGCGCCCAUCUCUAUUAAGUCCAGAUGAUGAAGGCUUUGAGUUGAAUACAAAUUGGUACGAGCGCCUCCAGCUUGCAUAUCGCUCGGCAUUACCUCGUAACAAGAAGCAUAAAUCUUUGUACGUUUUGGGUAGUGACGAGGAGCAUGAGUUAUUAUUGGAGCUCGGUCGUUUUAGUAAAUCUGCUUGUCUUGGUGCCACUUCAUUGGUCUACACAAUGUUGCAUAACGGCAUGAAAUCAUGCCCUCCUGAUUAUAUUGAGAUAACCAAAUCAAGUUCACCUUUGAUAUACCAAUUUUAUCACAAGAAGUUCCCUCAUGAUCGUCAAUUUGUACAUGAUGGUAUUGUCUAUACAUUAGUGCUAGGUCGACUAAACUGUAAUUUGGGCGUGACCUAUACCAUGGCUAAGAAGAUGUAUUCUAAUGACCACAAGGGUAAACAAGCUUUAUGCGAAGCACUUUACCAUCGUGGCUCUUACGGCCAUUUUGCCAUCCCAACUCAGUGCGUUGUUGAUUACGUGGGAAUAAGGGUAGUUGCUGAGCCAUUGGUUCCGUUAUAUAAAUCUACGCCUAGUGACUUUGUGACUGAGUUGCUUCGUAACUAUCGUUCUGCUAGUGGUGACGCUGCCAUUGACAUUUCAUCAUCCCUGUUAGAGCAUCCGGAGAUAUAUGAGUCAUUGAGGAGUUUAUCGUCGUAUUUACAUUUAUGUUCGUUACCUAUACCCUUCGAGGCAUCUGACAUUUGUGGCUUUACGUGUUCCAUAUCUGGGACACCUACAGGAUUGGUUUGCGAGCACUCUGGAGCUAAUUUGCAACGUUGUGAUAACAACCUUCAUAUUCGGCAGUGUCAUGAAGUCCUUCCUCCUAUUUUACAGGGCCAUUCAGUGUACGAUCCAUUAUUUUCUAUGCGCUUUCGUCCAGAGUUUUGUUAUACUUUUGAUGGUGCAUUGAGAUCUACUGUGCGUUCCGCUGCUAUCUUUAGUGAUCAGCGUGAUGAUGGUCAUAUUGAGGAUGCAUUCCGUAAACUUCAGGUUAUACUGGAAGAUUGUGUCAGUCAUUGUGAUGAAUUAUUUGAUUCAUGGGAUUUGCGUGAAACGUUUCAUUCCUUUGGUGUUAACAUGCGUUAUUUAGGCAUGGCAUAUGAGUGUGCUGUGUAUGCUGGUCUUAAGAAUUUACUUGCUAGUGACAUGGUUUCGCGUGCAGUUAAGCACUUAUGGGAUCUACAGUUGCAGUCCAUAUUCAACAGUGGUACUAUUGACCUAGAGAAUGUAAUGAGGCGCUUAUUACGUUUAAUUAAUGACACUUUUGGUCUUUUACCGGAUUCAUCUGAUUUUUGGUCUCAGAGUGUUAUUCCUGAGGUUGCUCGGCAUUUUAAUUUGGUUGACCUAGAGGGCAUAUCAUAUCGUCUGUUGCCUCACUUAUUGCUGAAGAGUUCUUUAGAGUUUCAUUUAGGGAUUUUAAUCCCACCUCCUAAGGGUGGCCAUACUUAUCGCAGUCCCAUUAUAUUUCAUGAUUUCAAUCGCAUACAGAUGCCGGAAUCACUUGUCAAGAACAGGGUUCCAUAUAGCAUCUCUAAUACUGUUGACAACACAUAUUAUCCUCUGGCUUCAUCACGUUCCUUUGUAUCGCCACCUCAGACUUUUUGCAACCUGUUACUCAAUGUGUUAUUUCCCAAGGUCAACACCGUGCGCCCUUAUCGCGAGUUACAGAUUUUACAGGCCGCAUCUAAGUUAUAUAAAGGACAUACCGCUUCAAUUGGCCCGGCAACAUUGAUUAGAGCAACUACGUGGGAGUUGGGAUUAUCUAAGCAAUUGGAAUGUCGUUUGGUCGGUAACGGAUAUCCUUGUGACCCGGCGUGCAUCUACAGCGCUAAAUUAUCAUGUGUCAAUUAUCAACAGUCUCUUACUGGCGUGAAUCUAUUUUGCUUAACUGAGACCUUAGUCCAGCUUGAUGUGCUAAAGCGUGUGAAGUUGAUCCUUUUGAUGGGUCACGAGUAUAUGCGUCAUCGAUACUACUCUGAGGCAUUAGAAUGUGCAGAUUAUGUUUUGCGCCAUGCACCUCCUCUUUGUGCAAAACGUCUUGAAGCGCGUCUUUUGGCUUUACAAUGUUACUGUUUAACAGGUUCAUCUGAUAAGAGUAAUGAGUGUUACAACGAGUUGAAUAAAGACAUUAGUUUUUAUGAAGGUUGUAUAGGUCUGCUAUCAUUGCAGUUGAUUGUCUUCAUGUCCAUCUAUGCAUGGUUAAAACGUGAUUUCGAGUUAUGCGCAUCUUUUACGUCACGUUGCCGUGACGCCAUGCUUAGUAUUUCUGGAAUGGUCAAGUAUGAAUGGCUUCCUGUAGCUAUAACCUCAUUACAGGGCCACUGUGAAGUCGCACUUGGUAACGGCGUGGCUGCUAUUAAGGCACAGCGUGAGGCUGUACGACUAUGCAACGUUUCCGGUAUGCCAAGGUUUACUCUGUGCAACCAGACCUGGUUAUUUGUGGAGUGCUUACUUCGCAACGACUCUUAUGAGGAAGGAUGCCCACUGUCUAUGGAGUUGGUACCUAUAUUAGAGGCUGAAUUUGGGUCUUUAUCGAUCGAGUGCUUACGUGGCUUAUAUGUUUCUGCAUGGUCUAAUCAACAGGUUGGAUGUGGCCAUUUACUUCAUCCACUGCUCUACCUUUGCAGUGCCGACCGGGUUCACGAGGCUUAUAAUCAAAUUGCUGGCAUCCAGGGUUCUCUAGUGCUAGAGGAAUUUGUGAUUGCUGAUAUUUGUUCAUCUCGAAGUCAACAUCGUAGUGACGCUUUGGACCUUUACAAAUCGUUGUAUGAGCGUCUAGGUGUGCUAAUCCAGAGGACUCGCCAUGAGAUAAUUGCCUAUAUAAAAUCGGUAUAUCCACUAUCUGAUACAUCUUCUCUCAGGGAUUUAUCUCGUUUCAAUCUGGUCUCCAUAUCAUCGACGCUGCCUGAUCUUAAUAUCCAUGAUGACGAUCUCUUGGGGGAGAUGGUGGCUGAUUGCGAGCGCUACCACCAGAAGUUGUUACUAGUGAUUCGUAACUUGUUAAGUCUGAAAUUGCUGUCUCUCAGCAGCUCUCAAGCCAUGUUAAUAGCCCGUCGUCUAUACAACGCUUACGUUUGCCAGGUAUCUGAUGACUACGUCUUUAAGUUAUGUGUUGGUGACAAUGAAUUGGACGUUUACAAACACGAUAUGGAUAAUCAUAACAUCACCAGCGGCUCCAACAUAGGGUCACUUUAUGGAAGUGGAGUCGAUCGUCAACCGGAGCGCUUCAACGCUUCAGUAUCCAUACGACAGAACAGUGUACCUCACCGUGGCCACGAACUACGUUCAAUUGAGGAAUUGUUGCUGAAACCUGCAUCAACCCCUAUCGGUACAAUUUGCGAAAUUUGUGCAACUAACUUGGAAGGCAGUAGCAAUACUCCUUCGGAAUGGUUUGACAAGCUAUUUGACCUUGAUCCACUAUGCAAAGUUGUUAUUGAAAAUUCAUUCAGUCUUAUUUUGGAUGUAUUACGUCACAUGUUAACUCCCAGCAAGCGUUUGGUUCUCCUGGGCCACGUUGCCAGUAUAAGCGGGGUCGAGGUUGACAUUACAACUACAUUCCAGGAGCUUCGCUCUGCUCUGGAGCGCGCGAUCAUAAAUCGGGCGUUAUAAAAUUUAUCUAGCAAAUCGCAAGCUUUCAGACACGUUCUUAUCUAACUAGGCCUAUUACGUUCGCGAUCUACAGAAUAUGCACAUAAGAUCUGAGUAAAUAGCUUCCCUAUCACAGGAAUAAUUUGGUAUC